GUACCGAGAAAUUGACCUGAAAGUUCUGAAUUUUGAUAAUGAAAGCUACUUUUUUUUGAUCAAUAAUGUUUUCUGAAGAGGAUCAGUCGUUUGAUUGAGAAAAAGACUGAAAAAAAAACUUUUCCAAAAAGUGGCUGGAUCUCCAUGGAUUUACCCAUCUGUUAAUUGUGAUUAUUUCGAUGAGUGAUAGUUUUUAAUAAUCUAUUUCCAAAUAAAAAAUAAAAUAAUUAUAUUUAUGAUGAAAAGAUUCAUAACUGAUAAAGAUUCUAUUUGAAUGUUCUUAUAUCGAUAUGUUUGUAGAUAUUCAUCGAAAAUAAAAUUCCUAAAAUGAUUUUAUUUUAUAAAACUUACUUUAAAAUUUAACAUUAUGGUAAUUUAUUUAUCGAGUCAAACAAACAAAAAAAUGAAUUAUACAAUAAGCGAACAGGAGACGUUUAACUGAAUAAUUUUCUUCUAGCUAGAUAUUAUAAAUUAAGUAUUAAAACAUACUAAAAUACUUACUAGACAAUAAAAAAAAAUUUUUUAUUCUCGACGCAUUAAAUUUGAAAUUAUUUUAUAUUCAAAUCGAUACUUCAGUUAAUAUCUUCACUAAUCAAUUAUAAAAUAAGAAUAUUUUUACUUUUAAAACUUAGUUGAACAAAUAAAAACUGGAAUAUUUCAAUCAUAGUUUGACUAAAUAGGCUAAGUUUGUUUUACUAAUAAUAGAAAUAUGUUCAUAAUUAACAUUUUUAAAGAAAAUCUUGAAAAUAAUUGUAUUGACUUAUGAAAAUAGAGUUCGACCAAGGGUCUAUCCAAAUUUACAAAAACGAACGAGUCAAUGUCAACGAUGUUCUCUUUUUAGCUAUACAAAUCCUAUAUCACAUUGUCAAGUCAAUGAACAAGUUUAUAGAGAUAUCUUAACAGAAAUAAAGCAAAAACGUGCUUUAAUUAUUUUAAUUGUUGAUCUUCUUGAUAUGCCAAAUUCAAUUAGCUGA